AUGUUAACAACACUAGACUCGGAUUCCGAUUAUGAAAGCGAGAUUGGCAGCAUCUUUUCAGGUGGGGAAUCGUCCAUCUCCUCCGCAUCAACUGCCAACCUAAACCCAGUCCAGACCGUUGGAAUUCGCGAAGUCUCUCGAGCGCUCUUGAGCGAAGAAGAGUUGAAAGCUAUCUACACCCUGACUAUUUCUAGUGUGGAACGAAAGAAGGCACGUUCGCAUAUUCGAGGCUUUCUCCGGGACUACGGUCGAGAUCUUCUUAAAGAAGCUUCAAACAGCAGCCUUGCAAUACAGGCUGCUAAAUUCGUACGUGAAUUGGCAGGCCGCAUAACCGAUGAGAUCAUUUGGAGCAUAACCGGAUCCACCGAACUGCCGCAUUCACCGAAAAGCAAAGUAAAAAAGCAGGACCUAGAAACCUGGCUCUCAACCAUUCAGGGAAAUGGCAUUGUCGAAGAACCAAGUCAAUCAAGUUUGAAGGCAGAUGACGAUGAAUCGUCGGAAGGCGAAUCUGAUGGAGAGCUCAACGAUGACCUGCCAUUCCCUAAUAUUGAUAAAGUGAAGGGGUUUCUUAUAAAUUCCGAGGCCUUCCGAGGACAUGUCCUGGCGAUGCAGGCGUGGUUAAAGGUUGACGGAGCUGAUCGAAAAGCUGCGGACAAAUCAACUACGGAUACUCCAAAACAGAUCGAUGGUGAGGAGACGACUAAAGAGAUCCCAAGAGAUCUACUCGCUCCUACGGAGAGCCAUCAGCAAACCGACUCGGGAGACAACGCAACUGCGGCAAUUGGAACUCACCAGCAGCAGGAUGCGACACAGGAACAGGUACGAAGAAAUCGAUCUCGUCAACGGAGCGGCAGUCUUAGGGACUUGGUCUUCAGUGUCUUGAACUUCUGGGGUAUCUCUUUUUACUUCUACGACAUUGUGGAGCUUUUCAUUCCUCACGUUCCUCAGGGAUACAGGAGACUGCGUUGGCGUUGUUCAUGUAACACUAUACUCUGGGGUGACUUCCCUAUCGAAGAUACCACUGCCUUUGAUCAACUAAAACAGCAAUUGUCCUGUCUAGGAGACCAUCUUGUUCAACCAGCACCUGCAAGUGGUAUAUCGACCACUCAAGCGACCGGAGAUUCCGGUCCUGGAGGUCCUAGGCACGUCCUGGUACAACAAACCUCUCCAGCUAGCUUGCCUCAGGUGCUGAUUAAUACACCACAUGCUGGUUCAAGAGUUGGCAACUCCCCGAACAUUGUGAGUCCAAUGCCCUCCGGGUCACAUCAUGUGGUGAACAUCAUCUCUCCAUUGAAAUAUUUUGAAGUAUGCGUGAGCAUAGGAAAUCAUGCUAUUGAUCAUCAUGAGGUCGAUAUUUCACGCAUAAGUUCGGACAGCGAGCUCUUUGAGAUGAUAUGGGACAAGUACAACAUCAGUCGUGGUAUCAGUCUACGGCGACUUUUCUUGCGGCCCAGCGACGUGAAUUUUGUUAUGUUUUCUGUCAGUCAGCGUAACCAGUAUGGAGCUGGCAUCCACAAAAAGCCCAACGAGUUUCCACCACAAGAAGAACUAGACAACAAGCGCUACCAUUACCUUUGCCCUCAGAUCAGGAUGCCGGCCAACGUCUUUCUUCAUUACCUGCAUCGAGCGAGAUGGAAUAUAUGGGGAGAGCACAUGGAGAAUACUUGGCUCCAACGUCUACCCAAGAAGCUCGACAGGAGUCUAAUCGCCGAGGCACAGCAGGUGGGGGGCAAUGCGCAUAUGAAUGAAGAUCUUGCAUUUGGAUGGGGUGUGCACAUCAUUGAAGGACCAAAUCACGCCGUGCUUGGUCUCCUACUGGCUAUCGGGGUAGCUGUUGCCUUUGUCGUCUCCGGAAUGAUUGUGGGGUUUGCAAAAACACAAGAGCAAGGCUUUGGGGUUGGAAAUUUCCUUCUCGCAAUACUUGUAGCACUAUGA